CCAGAUAGCAUUAACGUGAAUAGAAUAACUGACAGUGCUCGACAGGGGCGGUGCUUGACAAACUUCAAGCCCUUAAUAAGGACGAUGUAUGAUUUAGGCGAAUCUGUCAUCAGGAAAGUGCAAGAUCGACUGGGUUCGUCUGAUUGGCAAGGAUAUACAGAUAUCACAUCGUCUUCGUCACACAAGCAGCGUACAUAUUCAAGAUGGCGGAAGCUAAAUUCAUAGACAAGUACCUGACGUGCGCCAUCUGCAAGGACGAGUUCACGGACCCACGCGGUCUCCCAUGCAUGCAUAGGCUCUGUCUGCAAUGCUUAAAGGACCACAUUCAAUCAAAUGGAAAGCGUAUUAAGCAAAAGAAGAAGAGAAUUGCAGGAUUCAAAUGCCCUGAAUGCAGACUGUUCGUCAAGAUCCCGGACGCAAGUCAGGCAAAGGAUACGUGGGCGGCACAGCUUCCUGCAGAUUUCAUUCUGAAAACAAUGCAGGGUGACAUUAAGAGUGGUGAUGUAAAAUUAUCGGAUCCAAACGACCGUCAUCAAAGCAAAGAAGAGACGGUCGUCACUGAUGAGUGUUCCUCGAAAGUUUUAGCUGUCGACUCGAACCCACUCAAACCCUCACAGCUACAGGAAGCAAAUAGAAGCAUCGCUACCGCCAAUGAUAUUGGCGGGAAGAAAGCCACACAGAAAAUGACAGGAAGCUUACAUAAAGUUAUCUCCCUUCAACCUGACGAGAAGCAACCAGGUGCCUAUGACCUUGCUGUGUUAGUUCACAGAGACAAGAAAAUAAUCGUCGUCCCAGAUUUUGAUAAUCACAAAUUACUCCUUUUUACCCUAAAUACGGAAAUGGAAGUGACACAGAAAAGUAAAUAUGAUCUUGGGGCCAAACCUUGGAGGAUAUGUGAUGUAGGAAAGGACCAGGUAGCCGUCACUGUGAGCUCCCCACAAGGGGUGAUCAUAUGUACAGUGGCCACUACCGUUGAGAAGAAAGUGUUUUUUCCAACCACUAAGCGGUAUGAUGGAAUCUGUGCCUUACCUGGGAGAAAGUUUGUUGCGACUGUUGAUGACAGUGUUGACAUAAUACGAGACGACGGCACAGUGCUGAAGGAGUAUGACAUCAAGGCCUCUCACGUCAAAUAUUCUGACAACUGCUACGUCGCCGUCACACCCAACAAAACCAUCGUUGUCACUGAUUGUGGGGGCAACACAGCAUCUUGCCUCAAACAGGAUGGUAAAGUGCUGUGGUGUAAAAACGUGAAAUGCCUAGGCGUGGCUUGUGAUGGCGCAGGGAACAUUUUCAUUGCUGAAACAGGCCAUGGAUCCAUCGUGCAGUUCUCCAGCAGGGGGAGGAAGGUAUGCAGGGUGAUCGGGGAGUCAGAGCCCUUCAGUCAGCCUUCAGGAGUAGCAGUUGAUAACAUGGGCUAUCUGUAUGUUAUCUGUAACUACAAGGAUAUCACAGUGUGGAAGCUAGGGCACCAGACUGAGGGUCGCAUUGAGUGUCUUGACCCAAGAUAGAGAGGGCACCAGACUGAGGGUCGCAUUGAGGGUCUUGACCCACGACAGAGAGGGCAUCAGACUGAGGGUCGCAUUGAGUGUCUUGACCCACGAUAGAGAGGGCAUCAGACUGAGGGUCGCAUUGAGUGUCUAAUAUUUACUUUAUAAUUUUCAAGUUGAAAGGGUGCUUUAUCCAUGAAUAAAAUGCCAAACCAG